GCUGCGUUGCGCGGCAUGGCUCUUGGUGGGCCGGGCGGCUGCCCCGCGGUGCUGCUCCGUAGUGGCCGCAGCAUCCCGGUGCUGGGGCUCGGUACUUCCCAUCAAGGUGGCUAUUCCCAUGAUGCUGUGGUCCAUGCAUUACGGCAGUGCGGCAUUCGUCAUAUUGACACAGCAAAAAGAUAUGGCUGUGAAUCUCUCCUCCAAAAAGCUAUCAAAGAAAGUGGUGUGAAGCGGGAGGACCUCUGGAUAACUACCAAACUGUGGCACAGUGAUUAUGGCUAUGAAAACACAAAAAAAGCCUGCUUGGAGUCAUGUGAAAGGCUUGGUGUUGAAUAUCUUGAUCUUUAUUUGAUACACUGGCCGGAUACUCAUUUUCCAGGUAAAAGCAAUCAGGAGGUUCGAGCUGAAACCUGGAGAGCAAUGGAGGAGCUUUAUGAGAAAGGUGUGUGUAGAUCAAUUGGCGUAAGCAACUUUCUUAUCAGUCAUCUCGAGCAACUACAGGAAGACUGUCUGGUUACCCCACAUGUUAAUCAGGUUGAAUAUCACCCUUUCCAAAGACCUCAGGAGCUGGUGGACUAUUGUAGGAGCAGAGAGAUUGUUUUUGAAGGAUACUGUCCUCUGGCCAAAGGGGAAGCACUCACUCAUCCUAGUAUCAUUCAGCUGGCAAAGAAAUAUGGCAAAACUCCAGCACAGAUUUGCAUACGCUGGAGUAUACAGAAUGGAAUUGUGACUAUUCCGAAGUCCACAAGAGCAGAAAGGAUACAGGAGAAUUGCAAGGUGUUUGAUUUUACAAUAGCAGAAGAUGAUGUUGAAAUUCUAAAUGGAAUGCACGAUGGGAGACAUGUUUCCUGGGACCCAAGCCUUAUUGUGUGAAUGAAGGCUUCGAUUUUAAUCUGAGCGAAGAAGAUGUGGAAUUGUUGAACAUCAUGAAUAUCAACAGAAAAUAAAUGGAUAAAUGGAUUGUGGAAAGCAUAGCUUAAAAACGGAUUGUUUCAAACUUCAGAAGUGGUGAACUUAAAAUUUAAUUCAUUUUAAACUGAAGGAUAAGUUGUUGGAUACUCAAAGUAUCUAGUCAACACCAAUUAACAAUCAAAAUUGGUAAAAAUAACUUGUGUUUACUAUCAUGUUGACCAUCUAAUGAAAUCAUUUUGUAUUCUGUUUUUGUUGCUUCUUGCAAAUAUAAAUAUGCUUACUUAAA